GAAAUUUACCUUUUUUGUUUAUUUCUUAAUAGAAUCAGAUAGCUGCCCAGCAGGCCCUGUAUGUGAAGCAGCAGCAACAGCAUCACCACCAGCAACUUCAUUCUCAUGUGACUGGUGGCCCCCCUGGUACUCAAAAUGACUUCUUCAACAAGCCCAGUCUUCCAGAUCCACUGUAUGGUAGCUUCAAUCCCAUGUCCGUCAAUGAACCUACUGCAAUAAACAUUGGGCAACAAGGAAGCCGUCUGCAGCAGUGGAAGCUGCCGUCUCUGGAAAAUGAUGACAAUGAUUUCAUCCGUGCCCCAGGAGCCCCAGGAAAACCUGCCAUGCCACAGUCUCAUUCAUCUCCAAACUUAACACCCCUGCUGGGAGUAUCAAAUAGUACCUGGUCUCUUAAUCGCACAUCUGAGACUGGGUGGCCGGAGAGUAACAGCGGAGGCAAUGACAACAGUAGUGGCGUUGUCGAGAAAGGGGUGCCAAACAUGGACACGCAGUGGGUUGCUUCCUCACAGGCUAAUGCCUCUGGGUCCUAUGGCCUUGACAUUAAGCCUUUUGAACCAGGAAAACCAUGGAUGAUGAAGAAUAUUGAGGAUGACCCAAAUAUAACGCCGGGUUCAGUGACACGUUCUCCUUUGUCCUUGGGCAUCAAGGACUCGGAGUUGUUGUCAUCCAUCACCAAGACCCCGACCACCAACACUGUUUCAGAAAUGACCAGCCACCUCACCUCCCUUUCCCUUUCCACCAACACCUGGAGCUUCAACCCAGGACCCGGCCACCACACCACCAACUCUCCGUUGUCAGGGGACAGCAAGCUGAGCAGUGGGACCAAUGGCAAGAGUGGGUCAUCGUGGAGCGAGACUGUCCAUGAAGGUGGCAGCAAUUUGGCCUCAGAACUGUGGGGUGCCCCAGGGAACAAGCUUCGUGGCCCACCACCAGGGCUAAUUGCUGGUAGUGUGGGUGUUCAAAAGAAUAGCGGUUUGAUCAGUGGAGGAGGGUCUUGGGGGACCCUUGGCAGAUCAACAUCAUGGUCUGGAGAGCAGCAUAGGAAUCCCCCAAACAGUGCCUUACAUUCGGCUGCUGCUGCAGCCGUUGCUGCUUCAGGAGCCUGGACCAACUCUCAGCUGCCCUCCACCUGGCUCAUCCUAAGGAACUUGACACCUCAGGUAACUUCCCACUUUUCAUAUAAUCUUAUCACAGUUACACUGUUAUCCUCAGCUUUCAGGACCCUAGACAGUAAAAGAUAUGGAACCUAAAUGCAACUCUGGACA